CACACUACUACUACUCACAUAAAAUAUCACGUUUUCACAUCAUGAUCAUAUAACAAAACCCAUCAAACUUAUAAAACCUUUGUUAACUAAUAUGGCUAAUAACAAUAACAAUUCAGAUGAUCGGAUCAGAGGCACAUGGAGCCCACAAGAAGAUGCAUUGCUGCAACAACUCGUUGAAAAACAUGGGGCCAGGCACUGGUCUUACAUCAGCCGAUCAAUAGCCGGUAGAUCCAGCAAGUCAUGCAGAUUACGGUGGUGCAACCAGCUCUCACCGCUAGUCCAACACCGUGCUUUCACGCCGGAAGAAGACGACACCAUCAUCCGGGCCCAUGCCCAGUUCGGUAACAAAUGGGCCACCAUUGCCCGCAUUUUAACCCGUCGAACCGAUAACGCGGUUAAGAACCACUGGAACUCCACGUUGAAACGUAAGUGUUCGCCCAUGAUGCAACAGCCGAAGUUGAAACGGUCAGUUAGCGCGGGCCCAACCGUCCAGAUCUCAGUUACAGUUCCGGUUUUGGAUUCGAGUAUUAUUUUUAAUCCGGGUGGCGAGCAGGAUAACGACCCUGCUACAGCGUUGAGCCUCUCGCCACCCGGAUUGUCUGCAUCUGCAUCGCGUGUACCCAUUCCUGCGGUACCGCUACAGAUGGUUCCAUUGGAGUUGAAUCAAGAAAUGAAUCAUGUUAACCGCCUGAACCAGAAGAAGAAGAAGGCGGUUAAAUCGUCGGAGGGUGAGGGGUCAAACCUGAAACCGAAGGAGAACCCUCCGGUGGAUUUGAGCGCGGAGUUUAUGGCAGUAAUGCAGGAGACGAUCAAGGAGGAGGUGUGGAAGUACAUGGCGGGGAUAGAGCAAGCGCGUGGCGGAAUGUGCAGUGGUUUUAUGGGUGGCGGAGUGGUGGUGAACGGUGCCGGAAUCAGCAAGGGUGAGUAGUGAAGUGAGUACGAAGAAUGUUUGUUUGAUAAAGGAAAAAGAAUAAAUUGUAUAUACAUAAAAUAGUAGUUUUAAUUAUGUUUUAAGUUUUAUAAGUUUAAGGUUUAAGGUAAAUGGUUUCGGUAAAUGGGUAUGUGGUUUUGGGUAAUCCAGUUGGGUAUCACUUAAUCUCAUGCU